AUGUUAACAAAAAUGCUUAGAGAGCAUGAUGCUGCUCAGCAACUAAGAAGAGAAAUGCAAGAGAAAAGGAAAAAUGAAGCCAUCGUAGCGGCACAGAGUUUAACAGGUGCUGUCGUCGAUCAUCUGAAUUAUUCUGUUUCCCAAGCUUAUAACAAUCAGAAACGACUGGAUGUAGAGGUAAAGAAGUUGGAGAAAAAUGCCAUAGAACUUGCACAACAAACGGAGCAAUGGAUACAGAUUACCGAUUCACUCAAUCAAGCUUUAAAAGUUCGUAUUCGAAAGAAUCUAUUGUGCAGCACAAUAACAUCAAAUGUUCAUAUCUAG